AUGCCAAACUUUCCCGAUACUAUGUUCCGUCUCGAUCUGAUUGGCCGUGAUUUGACUGAAUACCUUAAUAACGAUUCUUAUGGAACAUUUGAACAAGAAAUGCAAACUGCUGCUCAAUCAUCUGCUUUAGAGGAAUUCCGACG